AUGAACAUAAAUUUGGACACUGCCAAAGAUGUGCUUUGCAAAAAUAUCCUAAUUUAUGGUUAUUGUAAGUAUCAAGGAAAAGGUUGUGCUUUUAGUCAUAAUAAACAACCACUGGCUCAGCAGCAACAACAACAGUCUCAAGAAGACCAGAAUCAAGAUCAAAGUAUUUCAUCUGGGGUGUCAACAAACUCGGAUUCACUGGCUAGGAAAAAAUAUAAUAUUGAAGCAACACCUUCAUUCACAAGUGAAAAAAACAUUCAUAAUUUGAGUUCCAAAUUUUCAAAUUUAUCACCUAAUAUCAAGGAUGCUCCUGUCUUCAAACCUGAUAUAGCCCAUUCACAGAAUGAUCAGCAACAAAAAGCAGCUCCACCACAAACACAACAACCACAACAAUUCAACCCUUACCAAAAUUCAGUACAGUCAUCAAAUCUGAGUAUUCCUUACACAACUAAAAAAUUUAACGUUAGUACCCCUUCAUUUACACCAUCGAGCUUAGAUUUUAAUUCAUCCUCCCAAACCGGAGGUAUGAGUAAUUCAGUUCAACCAAUGAAUCCACAACCACAGCAAAUACCUAUUCAAUCUGGGGGAUUUACACAUGUUGGACCAUCAAGUGCAAGAUCAAUUGGAAACUUGAUACAAAACCAACAAAAUCCAUCAUUAAAUCCAUAUGCCAAAGUUCCAUCUCAUACAUCAACCCCUCCAAUCCCAUCACAAGCACCACUUCCAGCUCCGCCUCCACCACAUUUGAAUCAAGUAAAUAUGAUGAAUCCGAAUUUUUUUGCAACUCAACCAUCAACAAAUAAUAAUAUCCCAAAUUCAAGUCAGGGGUCAGCAUAUCCGUUACAGUACCACUUAUACGCACCAGCACCACCUCCACGACUAACCGUUCCUAUAAAAGAUUUCGAGACGAAUUCAAUCAAAAUGUUUAUACCGAAUGAACUAAGGGAAAGUUUACAUCGUAAAAAUGAAGCAAGCUUACAAGCAAUUCAUCAUCUGAACUUACCUGAUCAUGUAAACUCAUAUCAUUCAUUAGUGCCUAUUGAUAAAUCAUAUGAGUCCAAAAGUAAAAGUUGGCCAGGUUACACUAGUCUUUUAUUUAAAUGCUAUUCUAAUGAUGAUGGUAACUUAUAUGUCUUAAGGAAAAUUGACCCUGGGAAUGAUAUCACGAAUGAAUCAGUCUUCAAAACAAUAAAGAGAUGGAGAUCUUUGAAUGAUAAUGCAAAUAUAGUGGCUUUGAAAGAUGUAUUUACGACAAUGGCUUUUAAUUCAUCUGGUUCAAAUAUGGGGAUUGAAUCACCUUCAUUAUGUUUUGUGUAUGAUUAUUAUCCAAAUUCGAAAACUUUAUUGGAACACCACAAAAAGGGCAUUAGAGUGGAGCUUGUAACUGAAACAAUAUUGUGGAAUUACUUGAUACAACUAGUAAAUGCGGUAAAAGCUAUUCAUUCAAUCAGAUUAAGUGCUGGAUCAUCAAUAGACUUGAGCAAAAUCAUCACAACAAGUGAUUCGAGAAUAAAAUUGAGUAGUUGUGGGAUAAGCGAUGUAUUGGAUGCCAUAAAGGGUACUGAAGAAGAUUUAAAAUUGGCCCAAUUGAAAGAUAUAAAUAGUAUAGGCAAAGUUUUACUAGAUCUUGCUUCUACUUUAUUACCAGCAAACUUAAGAGCAACAUCAGCAGACGUUUUGAUCAAAAACAUAAUAAAUUCAACAUCAAUAAGCAACGACUUCACCGACGUCCUUCUGGUUUUGAAUGAUCAGUCAAUCGUGUCUGGUUCAUCCACAUUUGAUUUAACUCAAUUUAGCAAAGAUCAUUUAAUUGACAAGACUUUUGCAUUAUUAAAUGAAACUCAAAACACGUGUGAUUUCUUGGAACUGCAAUUGACUUCAGAACUAGAAAAUGCUAGACUUUUCAGAUUAUUAACAAAAUUGAAUUUUGUCAUAAAUAACUAUAAUUCAAACAUGAAAAUAAAUGAUAAGAACAAUUUGAAGAUUUUGAAACUUUUUCAACAUAAUUUAUUCAAUUUCAUUGAUUCAUCGGGUAAAAAUAUUUUAAAUUUACAUAAAGUUUUAGUCAAUUUGAACAAAUUAGAUUGUGGAAUUGAUGAGAAAUUAUUAUUGACUAGUGAAAAAGAAUAUAUUAUCGUUAGCUAUAAAGAAUUGAAAGAGAUCGUCGAUGUUCAAUUCAGAUUAUUUAGAAACUAA